AUGCCACGUCGUUUGAUUUCGGACGACGAUGACUUUGAGCCACCCAGGAAGCGCAUGGUUCCCACAGCCGUUCCAUAUGGCUCGCCACCUAUCUGUUCUUUAACUGAGUUGGCCCGCUCGAUGGGUAAAAACCCACGUCAGUGGUCUUCCCAGCAAUACAACAUGGGUGGAUACAAACCAGCUUAUACAGCGUUCAAUACCGCAUCUAACUGUGGUGAAAAUUCGAACCCACAGAUUCGGAAAACGGCAUCGGUCCUAGAGUCCACCUCCGACUCCUCCUUCAUCACCGUUCCUACAAGCAAUUGGAAUGGCAUUCACCGCGAUAUGGACCAAAUGAAGAAUAAACUGGAGUCCAUAGAUGGUAAUGUUCAGAAAAUUAUGGAGACACUGGAGUAUGUGAAGAGUUCCAUGAGAUCGAUGGCUGCAACCAUUGCCGGGCAACCAGGGCAGCAGGCAACGCAGCUUCCUUUGCCAAUUACAUCGGUGGAGGAACUGCAGUCGUUCGAUAUACUAAUGCAGGAUGCAGGACGCAGGCAACAAUUGCAUACUUAUCUGGAAGGUGUGCAUGGAGAAACGUUGUCGGAGACCGUACGCCUCAUGAUGCAGCGCCUUCUAACGCGGUCAUUGAUGGCGGAGAUCAAUUACUCCGGUUCCCGCAACAAACACGGAUUCCGGAAAACGAAGCUAUUCACCGAAAUGCAAGCUGCUCUAUUAAAACGUUUCUCCGGAAGCAACGUGUCACCCGAUGACGUUACACAAUAUGUAAGGAAAUACUUGAAAUCGAUUCGUGGCAAUGCAUGGCGCGACACUCCCAAAGGUUGUGCAAGCAGCCAGCAG